CAGCGAGCAACGCUUUCAUGGGCUCCAUCUCACAGUUCAAUACCAUUUUCGUCGCCUUUUACUGCAUCUAAAAUUUUCCGUUGUUCAAGAAUUUUCUAGCUGUCUGCAUCUGAAUCUAUAACGAGACGACUUUUUCAGUGACUAGGUUUACCGAUGAGAUUGUAGCCUAAAUUUAGCUUAAUGCCUGCCUAUCUUUUCCCAUAACAAGUCGCUCUGGUAUCAGGCACCCCUGGUUUUUGCGUUUGCUCAAAUACACCAGAAGUUCCACCAACAGUCAUCCAACCUUCCUUCGCUUCACUGACUUUUUUGUUUUCUUUGUCUUUUCAGAACAAGGUGAAGAAGAAGACUAUGGCGAGGGAGAAAAUUCAGAUUAGGAAGAUCGACAACGCCACGGCGAGGCAGGUGACGUUCUCGAAGCGACGCAGAGGACUCUUCAAGAAAGCUGAGGAGCUCUCAGUUCUCUGCGAUGCAGAUGUUGCUGUUGUGAUCUUCUCCUCCACCGGCAAGCUCUUUCACUACUCUAGUUCAAGCAUGAAAAAAAUACUAGAAAGGCGUCAUUUGCACUCAAAAAACCUCUCGAAGCUGGACCAACCGUCUCUUGAGUUGCAGCUAGUUGAGGACAGCAACUACUCGAGUUUGAGCAAGGAGAUUACCGAGAAGACCCGUCAGCUACGGCAAAUGAGAGGAGAGGAUCUUCAAGGUUUGAAUAUCGAGGAAUUACAGCAACUUGAGACCUCUCUUGAAGCUGGGUUGACCCGUGUAACUGAAACGAAGUCACAGAUGAUGAUGGAUGAGAUCAUUGAUCUCGAAAGAAAGGGAAUGCAAUUAAUGGAAGAGAAUGAGCGUUUAAAACGUCAGGUGACAGAAAUGCCAAGUGAGGAAUGUUGUGUUGUGGAAGGUCAGUCAUCUGAGUCUGUCGAUAAUAUUUGCUGCACUGGGCAUCCUCAAGAAUAUGAUGUCAACUCAGACACGUCCCUCAGAUUGGGGCUACCAUAUUCUGGUUGAAGGAGAUUUCCAGGGUUGGAAAGCGUAGAGAAAAAGGAAGGAUAAAGUAGUUCCAUUCCCUUAAUUAAAUUGCAUUUGAACCUGUGCUAUCCUAAGAUUCUAUCUCUGCUAACUGCUAACCUAUAAUAGUACAAUAUGACAAGUCGAGAGGGUAUGGAUUGAG